AUGUCGUUGAAGCACCACCAUAGAGGAUUGGAGCUGUCUGCGUCCAAGAGUUUUGUCUCGAAGAAAUGGACUUUCUUUCUCUGUAUCGGAUUCUUCUGCGCGGGGAUUCUCUUCUCCGACAGAAUGUGGCCAGAGCCUGAAGCCAAUGUUGUAUCAAGGGAAGCUUCAGAUGAACGACUGCGUUUAGUGUCAGAGGACUGUGAUUCAUCAAAAAAAGGCUUGAAGCGUGAAUCAAAAGACAUCCCUAGAGAGGUUUACAAGAGUCCAGAUGCAAUUCAAACGCUCGACAAAACGAUUUCGACUCUGGAAAUGGAGUUAGCGGCUGCGAGAGCCGCUCAAGAAUCCAUCAUGAAUGGUUCACCCGUCUCUGAUGACUUCAAGCUCUCUGAAACUGUCACCAAAAGAAAGUAUCUGAUGGUUGUUGGGGUUAAUACUGCGUUUAGCAGCAGAAAGCGUAGGGAUUCAGUCCGUGCUACUUGGAUGCCUCCUGGUGAGGAGAGAAAGAAGCUCGAGGAAGAGAAAGGGAUCGUGAUGCGAUUCGUUAUAGGCCAUAGUGCCACUCCAGGUGGAAUUCUUGAUAGAGCGAUUCAGGCUGAAGAAAGUAAACAUGGAGACUUCUUGAGGCUGGACCACGUUGAAGGUUAUCUCGAGCUGUCAGCAAAGACUAAAUCUUACUUUACCACGGCUUUCAAACUGUGGGAUGCAGACUUUUACGUGAAAGUAGAUGAUGAUGUGCAUGUAAACAUAGCCACUCUCGGAGCAGAAUUAGCGAGAUACCAGAUGAAGCCCCGAGUGUACAUUGGUUGCAUGAAAUCUGGACCCGUUCUUGCUCAGAAAGGAGUGAGAUAUCAUGAACCGGAGUACUGGAAAUUUGGAGAAGAGGGUAACAAAUACUUCCGCCAUGCCACUGGUCAGCUCUACGCAAUUUCUAGGGAAUUGGCGUCUUAUAUAUCGAUAAACCAAAACGUACUUCACAAGUACGUGAAUGAGGAUGUCUCUUUAGGAUCAUGGUUUCUUGGAUUGGAUGUGGAGCAUGUAGAUGACCGUAGGUUAUGUUGUGGUACAACAGAUUGCGAGUGGAAGGCGCAAGCAGGCAACAUCUGUGUUGCCUCGUUCGACUGGAGCUGCAGUGGGAUUUGUAGAUCAGCGGAACGGAUGAAGGAUGUUCAUCGGAGGUGUGGAGAAGGCCCAAAUGCUCUAAUGGCCGCAUCUUUCUGA